AGAUUAGUUUAGUCUCGCACUUAUGUUAUAUAGGUAUCAUCUGCUGCCAUCAUCUGUUCGUGGAACUGUGUGUUAUGUCGUAUGUAAUAUCUAUCUACAUAUAAUAGAAAAGGAAAUAUCCUGAUUCGAGCAACGACAAAUGGCUAACGCAUUAGAUGCUGUCGAUUGGGAAGAUCUGCGAAGGCAAGCAAGACAUCUAGAGAAUGAAAUCGACGCAAAACUUGUGGCUUUUAGCAAACUUGGCAUCAAUGCUGGAUCCAAGCUUGUUAAUUCCGAUGAGGUGCCACUUUUGGAUGAGGAACAUGUCUUCGAAAAUAUGGCCUCUGAGAUAGAAGCGUUACUAACUAAGUUAUUCUCCAUAAAUGAGAGAAUGAGCGAGUUACAACCAAAUGGUGCAGCGAUGCUCCAUACCAUGCAACGCCAUAAAGAUAUAUUGAAAGAUUAUAAACUAGAAUUCAGUAAGAUCAGAAAUAAUUUUGAGGCCAGAAGAGAUCGAGAAGAUCUACUGGGAAGUGUUCGUAAAGAAAUCGAUAACUACAAAAGUGUAGGCGGAUUGAAUCGCCGGGAGAUGUAUUUAAAAGAAAGCCAACAUAUUCACAACUCGGAUCGUUUGAUCAAUGAUCAGAUAACUAUAGCGAUGGAGACGCGAGAACAUUUGAUGACUCAGAGACAUACAUUUAAACGUAUACAAACCAGAUUAAACGAUAUUUCGAAUAGAUUUCCAGCGGUAACUAGUCUAGUACAAAGGAUAAAUCUGCGUAAAAGACGAGACUCUCUAAUUCUUGGUCUUAUCGUUGGAUUUUGCACGUUCCUUAUGCUCUUGUAUGCUUUUCAUUAAAUAACGUUCGAUACCAAAGUACUUCCACCCUUAUGGGUUAGUGAUUCGUCAAAUGGGAAUGCAUAUACGUAGAAGUAAGAGGUAUUUGAUGAUGCAUUUGCGACAUACACGCAAAUAGGAAACACGGUGAAAUUAAAAAGAGCGUGGCUGUGCGUAAUUAUGCGUGAGUGAACUCUGAAUGGUCGAAUGAAUGUUCUCGUUCUAGCGAGUUAAGAAAAUUUGAAAAAAGAAGAAGAAAAAUAAUGUUGAACUGUACAGUUUUUUUUAUACCUAACGUAAGUCGUGGAUCAAACUAUGUAUAGAAUUUUAAUCCACGAUCGACAUGUUAAUUUAAUAAACGUUAAAAUCAAUGGUGAAAAAAAUUUUACGCAUUUAUAAAAUUAUAUUUGUACUUUUAUCUUUCAAUUUCCUAUAUACACGACUAUAAACAUAUACCAUACGUAAAAACAGGUCUGUGAAAAAUGCGUCGCAAUAUUAAAUAAAAUCUAUGUCUCGUAAAAAUGAUAAUGAAAUCGUUGCUAUUUGUCACAGUACAAUAGACUGAUAUUUAUAUAAGGUUUUUUAUUUGCUGUUCGUAUAAUUUUGCAUAGUGCGAAUUCGGCACUUACGAAAGAAAAACAAUUUCUAUAUUUCUUUUUAUUGAAAGCCAAUGUAUUUUAUACGCAUAUGAAUCAAUGUUUCUCGUAAUGCUCUGUAGCGUAACAAGUGUUAAAAGCAAUGAGAGUCAGAGAGAGAGAGAGAGAGAGAGAGAGAGAGAGAGAGAGAGAGAAGAAAAGAAAA